CCUCCUGUCUCCGCGCUGCCCCCUACGGUGCCCUAGCCCGUGUGUGUGAACAGCAAGGGAAUCUCACAGAGGCAAGAACCGAGCCGCCCGUUUGCUCUAUCCUGAGAGUCACGGGGGCAUCUGCACACUCGUUGUUGACACAGCGUCCAGCAUCGUCAGAUCGUUUCUGUGAAUUCAAAUUCGGCAAGCGACCACGACAAUGUUGACGAGGUUGAUGCUGUUGCUGGCGUUCCUCCACACCGCUUCUUCCUGGAGCGCGACGGCCACCGCCGCCACCACCGUUGCCUUCAGCAGCCCUCCCCGGAUGUUGCUCUAUUUCUCAACACUGACAAGCUCUCGAAGACACGGCGGUCAGAAGCAUCAAAUCGACCCUGACAACAGCAGCAGCAGCAGCAGACAGCCUUGGACACCGAUGCGGCCACUGACUCGAGGGAGGGCAACAUUCGCGUCGCGCGCGGGGGAGCGAAGCUCAGCGACGCGCAUGAGCAGUGCCCCUUCAGGCGAAGGACGGCGUGAGGGAAAUCGUGUCGUGGGCAGCAUCGCUCGGGGUGGCGACGUGGUAGCCUUCGUGGCGGCGGCGUGCUCAGCUUUCCCCAGUUGCUCCUCCGCAGCAGCAGCGGCAGCAGCAGCCAUCGUUGGGGAAGCGGGUGGGUCGGAGAUGGGUGCGAGGGUAGACCCCGCUGCUACGGCCUCUUUCGCCGCUGUUGUGGUGGCCUUCGCGUUUCUCCAGUCGCGGAUUCGAACCGCUGUAAGAGCGCGAACGGCACGGAGGAACUACGAAGUUCUCUUCAAAGGGAUGAAAGCAAAGCAACUCGCCGGACAGGCGGACGAGAAGGAAGUGAAGCUGGUGGAGGAACGGAUGUCGCAGCUCCUUCAGGAGGAACAAGAGGCGAGAAAGGUGGACAUCUUCGGCAUCCCGUUCAACUUAGUCAUCCCCGACGGCGGGGCGGGAGGGGAGCCGGGAACAGCCGCCAGGGAAGCGCAACAGGGUAGGAGCUCUGGCAGGGGGGAGCUGGGGGACGGUGGUCGUGCUGCCGGGGAGGGCGGUCAGCAGCAGCAGCAGCUUGGGAUUCGCGAAACUAUGAAGGCGAAAGCCGAGUCGGACUUAAGAGGUAGAAAGGCGAGGGAGGAGGAAAUGUCGACGGGGGCAACGCUCAAGGUGGCCGCGCUGUGGCUCGUGCUGAUAUCCCAGCUGUGGCUACUGGUGGUGCUGUGGAACGACCCAAUGGGUCCCGCAUCGUCGACCUUUCUGCAAGACUGAGCGGGGCACGUUGGUUUUGUCUGUCGGUGUGAAUAAGCGGAGCUGUACCGGGUUCGUCAGUUGUUAGGUCGGAACAGAGUUGUGCGUGGUGUGAUGGGGAACAAUAGUCCAUGGAGACGGGUUGACGAAGAUUGCAGUUAGGAUUUCAUGGUCUGGUGCGCGUGUGUGUUCUCCAGGUUGGUUCAGCGCUGAAUAAAUCGAUUAUUCGUACCGUUCUGCUGCAUGGAGAGUUUUUGCAGAGCGAGCACUGUUCUAGGUUCCCAUUCGACACACUUCACUUGCGAGAUUGUCCAAGUCAACAGUGUGCGAAUGCGAUUCCCUAAGUUUGGCGGACAUGAAUCAUCGGCACAAGAGGAAGAGACGUCACAAGAGGAAGCGACGUCACAAAGACUGUGUUUUGCGGAAUCGAUCGUCCUGUGUACAAUCGCUACAGAACGAAUGUAACAUCGAGAGGCAGAGAUAGGCGGUUGUAGGUACAUGUCGUUUCUCUGCGCAGAACUCAUCCGGCAAAGCGUGGAGACGCGCGUCUCCUUGGGGUGUACAUUGCUGUUGAAGUCGAGAGGCAGCAAGAGCUCAAAUUAGAGAGGGCGAGUAGCUUCGCGUGUGCAUAUUGCGUUUUAUUUUUGAAGCACGCCUCUUGAGUAGCUUGAUUGUCGUGUGAGAAGCGAUCAAGAUGUGAAAAGAACUCUGA